AUGGGAAACGUAUUCUCCAUAAUCUGUCCUUGUAUGAGGAUAUGCAAGACUGAAGGAAGGAAGAAACAGUUGUCGACGGAGAAAGCGACAGAGUAUUUCAUUUGUUAUUACCUACAGAAACCGCGACCGGCCAUUAGCGACUAUGUUUUGAAGGGCAAGAAUGGUAAAAUUACAUUUGCGACAGGAUGUGAUGAAAUUAAAAUAUUGAGAUUGAUCGUGAGUUUCUAUUUUUUGGCUUUUAUAUUGUUUUAGGUGGAUUUAAAGGGUUUUAGGUAAUAACGGCAGUUUUUUUGUCAAUUCUUGAUAAAAUCUUGGUCUAAAACUGUUUUUAAAAAUUUAUUUUAGUCAAUCAGCUUAGAAUGGUUCAAAAUGGUUACAUCUUACUUCAACAGUUUGCCUGUUCAUCUUCAACUCUGCAGUAAGUGGUGUUGUUCAUCUAACUUAAUAUUUUUUGAUGUGAAAUCGUAACUUAUGAAUUAAAUUUUUGUUUUUAGAUGAUAAAGGAGUAUCUCAGCCUGAAAUUGAGUUAGGAAUUGAAGAGCUUUCAAGGACCAUUGAUGCGGCAGAUCAAAAAUUGGCAAAUGAUUGCGGUAAGUCAAGUGUAAUAUUGCUUUUAAUGAUUGCUUAGGAGUUUUGAUGAAAUUUUAAGCAAUUUUUAGGUUUUUUAGAACGUGAAGAUGUUUUUCUUUAUUUUUUAGGCUAUUUUUAGUUUUAUUACCUAAAAUUACAUUGUUUUAGUGUUCGAACGUUUGAUUUGCUUUGGUGAAGGUCCAUUGAAGCAUAUCUUUUCAAUAUAUUGUUGGAACGAUCUCACAGCUUUGAAAAUCCUUGAUGAUCAGCUCAAAGCCAAGAGUGUUGUCAUAUGUUUGGCUACACAUGCAGAAGCUACACAAUAUUUGGUCAGUAAGAAGAAUCCGAAGAUUUUCAAAAGUCUGCCGCCGAAUUUGAACAACUUUUUGGGAGGUAAGGAUCUUAAGCAAAGGAGAGAGAGAACUUAGUUAUAUUUUCACUUUUGGUUACCUAAAAUUUUAAUUUUUCAAUUUUUUAGCUUUAACCGAAGCCGAGUUGACAAUAGGUGUACCAGAUGUGACAAAAGAGCCGUUUAUGGAGAGUUCGACCAAAACUUUGAAAAAGCUUACGUUAUAUUCACAUCAACUCACGGAAGAGUUCGCCAGAAGCUUGGAAUUGAAUAAAAUGACAUGCGAAAUGACUAAUGAUGACAACGAGAAGAACUUGAUGUUGGUUAACACAAAAGAGAUGUAUUUGAACUACAAAAGGAUGGAUUUCGGAGAUACGAAGCUUUUUAGGUAAGAAAAUACUUAAGUUUGAAAAAAGAGGGUUGGAAAGCAAGUUCUUGCCGUUUUUUGAUUUGUAAAGAAAGUUCUUGGCAUUUUUUCUUUUGUAAAGGAAGUUACUGCCUUUUUUGUUGUUUUCAUACCUAAAUUCAUAUUUUUUUCAGAAUCCACGAAACCUCCAACCCAUUCGUAACCUACCUUCAAGUUUCAUGGCCAAUGACAGAUCAGGAUUGCCGCCUAGACUCGAUAUUAUCUUUGAUACAAUCAAUGAAAGACGCAAAACAAUUGACCAAAUUUGUAGUGACAAAUUCGGCCGAACGUAAAUUUGAAAUCAUUGGAAAUAUGUGGAUUCCAAGCGUUGACAGAUGGCCAGAAGUUGGAUUGACAUUGGAUUUUAUGCGACAAAACUUUUUGAAUCGACCAAAAGUGGCCAAAGGAGUGAAAUUUGAGUUUUGGUUUAGCGAAAAGUUUGUGGACAAAGCUAAUGUAAGGGUUUAUAUCUUGAUAAGUUUUCUAAAAAUUGGUUUUUAAAGAAAGUUUUUGCCAUAUUUUGUUUUGUAAAGAAAGUUCUUGCCAUUUUAUUUUUUGUAAAGAAAGUUUUUGCCAUAUUUUGUUUUGUAAAGAAAGUUCUUGCCAUUUUAUUUUUUGUAAAGAAAUUUCUUUCCAUUUCUAAUGCUAAAAUAAGUGAAUCAUUUCAGAACAUUGCCCUGAAUGUGCUCUACAUUGUCCGCGGCCGAAAACUCUUCCUCGAACUUGUUGAACCAAAACAGAACGUCCGUCUUCCAACUCGUCGCAACUUGAGAUCUAUGAACAACUUGGAGAUUAUUCAUUACACCAAGAGUCGUAUCAUACAAUACUACAAGAUGUGUUGUUGUUGUCAUCAGAAGUAA